UAUUUUCCGGAAGCUGACAGUCAGCUGAUCUGUUUGUUGAAGCCCUCCACACAGGCAAGCAUUGGGUACUUUACACCUUGUUCUGUGGAUUGUUUACGCUGUUUUAGCAAACGUAUUUGUACUAUUUCUCCGGAAUGGACGAAACUAGCCCCCUAGUUUCCCCUCUCCAGGACUCCUCCGACCUUAGCUACUGCGCUACCGACCCCACAAGUCCGCGGGGCGGUUUUGAAGGGACGCCGGGCACAGUGGUCCGGGUCCCGGCUGGCAGCCCCGGACGCAGCCGAGAGCGACAGCCGCUGCUCGACCGGGACCGAGGAAACUCUCCGCGCGACCACGACAGGAACGACUUCCCCGAGGAUCCAGAGUUCAGGGAGAUCAUCCGAAAAGCAGAGCGAGCCAUUGAGGAGGGGAUUUUCCCUGAAAGAAUUUACCAAGGUUCCAGUGGCAGCUAUUUCGUCAAAGAUUCGCAGAUGAAGGUCAUCGGGGUGUUCAAGCCCAAGAACGAGGAGCCGUACGGUCAGCUCAACCCCAAGUGGACCAAGUGGCUGCAGAAGCUGUGCUGCCCCUGCUUCUUCGGGCGGGACUGCCUGGUGCUGAACCAGGGCUACCUGUCCGAGGCUGGGGCCAGCCUGGUGGACCAGAAGCUGGAGCUCAACAUCGUACCCAGAACCAAGGUUGUGUAUCUGUCCAGUGAAACGUUUAACUACAGCGCCAUCGACCGGGUGAAGUCUCGGGGCAAGAGGCUGGCCCUGGAGAAGGUGCCCAAAGUGGGCCAGUGUUUCCACCGGAUAGGGCUUCCGCCCAAAGUGGGGUCGUUCCAGCUGUUUGUGGAAGGGUACAAGGACGCGGACUUCUGGCUGCGCAGAUUUGAGGCGGAGCCCCUGCCCGAAAACACCAACAGGCAGCUGCAGCUGCAGUUCGAGAGACUCGUGGUGCUGGAUUACAUCAUCAGAAACACAGAUCGAGGGAAUGACAACUGGUUGUUAAAAUACGACCUUCCAAUGGAUGCUGGGGAGGCCAGGGACACGGACUGGGUGAUGGUGAAGGAGCCCAUUAUCAAGCUAGCGGCCAUAGAUAACGGUUUAGCGUUCCCCCUGAAGCACCCGGACUCCUGGAGAGCUUAUCCGUUCUAUUGGGCCUGGCUGGCUCAGGCCAAAGUGCCCUUCUCUCAGGAAAUCAAGGACCUCGUCUUGCCCAAAUUCUCGGACCCCAACUUCAUCAAGGACCUGGAGGAAGACCUCUACGAGCUGUUCAAGAAAGAUCCUGGUUUUGACAGAGGCCAGUUCCACAGACAGAUCUCUGUGAUGAGAGGGCAGAUCCUGAACCUGAGCCAGGCGCUGAAGGAGGGGAAUUCUCCGCUGCAGCUGGUGCAGAUGCCGCCGGUGACCGUGGAGUCGGCGAGGGCCCCCCAGCGCGCCAACAGCGAGUCGUACACGCAGAGCUUCCAGAGCCGACGCCCCUUCUUCUCCUGGUGGUAGAGCCGCGUGGCGCGGCGAGGGGUCGGGUACGAGCGUACCGCAGACUGGAACGCACUCAAACGGGGAGUUUUCGGGCGCCGGGAUGGUGAAAACGUGCGGCGGCGUUGGAUGAAGAGAGGGGCGGCGUGGAGCGCAGGGCCGACCCUCCCUCGAUUUUUUUUUGGUGCCUUCUGCUUUCUGAAGGGCUAGGGGGCGGGCAGAGUACCCAAGUACGGCUUCUGAUUGGCUGCCCAUCUCACACUCCCAGUCACUGCCCCUCCCCCUUUCCCCACAAUACACACACUUCUUGUCAUUUUUCCCUGUGAUUGACAGGGCCUGUUUACAUUCCUGGUGGCGUUCCCCCCCCCCCCGUUACCAUGCAAACGAAUGUUUAUGGAAUGGACUGUACCAAUGUAGCCGGGAAUGGGCAGGGGGGUCUGUCUCCCCCCACACAUACUCUGAGAGGAGAAGUUAAGAUUGGGACCAGCGAUUUGGGGAGUUCCUGUUCACACGGGAGAGAUGGAAGCCACACACCCAUUUAAAUGCAGAAGGUGUUGGGUCAGAGCUGUACGUCUGAGAAAACUGAAAAUCCACCCUGUGAGAAAUGAACUAGUGCGGGAUUAGAGUAUGGGUUUAUUCAGCUCUGUUUUAAACGUGUAUGUGUGUUGACGCGAGUGUGCCUGUGUGUGUGUGAGCACGUGUCUGUGUGUGUAUAUAUGCCUGCAUGUGUAUGUAUACAUGUGUAUAUAUAUAUAUAUAUAUAUAUGUAUAUGUAUAUAUUCAUAGAUGUAUAAAAUACAUGUACAUACAUAGACACAGAUGCAGGCAUAUAUAUAUUCACAUGCACACUCACAAGCAUGUGCACAUAAUAUAUGAAUAUGUAUAUAAACAUGUAUGUAUAUAUAUAUAUAAUAAUGUAAUGAAUAUAAUAAUAUUGUGCGCACACAUUCACAUGCACACGUAUAAAUUGUAAUAUAGCGUAACAGAUUUAUUUGAAGCAAAAGCCAUUCUGAGAGAACUGAACAGGAGUGGAGACCAUAGAAUGUUGCAGGUAAAGGUGAGUCACUCGGUACUUUUGAUUUUGAAAUAAAAGUAAGGUUUUGACAGUGAAGAGUCUGAAGACCAGGCUCCUGUCCAUAUAAGCAUCGGCAUGUCCAAAAAAUUUAAAUGGGAAAGGCAAGGUUCUGUGGGCUGCCCUGAGGAGGUGAAAUCCCAGGAGUGCUUUUAUAAACCUGCCUUUUGCUCUGUCCGCUCGCUCUGUCCAACCUGAGCCUUCCUGGGGUUUCCUUUUAAAGUUUCGUUUCUGUCGCUUUCCUGAACUUCAGGCUCCGGUAACGAGAGGAACGUUCAUCGUUAGGUUUACCUCGGUUUCAGACUGUUGCCCUCGAUGCAAUUUGAGGGUGUUGUAUUUGGGGUGCUGCUGAGUGGGUGGCUCUUUUUCUGCAUGCCUUUGCAGUUCCGGUCUCAUCCUCAAGGGGGCUCCUCUACUGGUGUCUCUCUUUCAGCGCAGUAAGGGCGGUAACCAUCUCCCAUUCAGGGUGUUCUCAAUCACCCUAAUCAAGGUCUGAACGGAAGAGCAUGAUUGGUUCAGUAGCCGCAUUGUGUGUUUUAUGCUAGGCUAAAAGCAGGGCCUGCCCCCGUGCCCACUGUAACUAAAACUGUGCACCCCUGGCCUGUGAAGAAAAGCACUUCUGUAAAAUAAACUGGUGGUUUACGUUUUGUAAACAGGCACAUAAUUAGCCAUGCAGAUUAUCAUGUUGCAGCUGUUCAAACUGCAAAGUGUUUGUAAUUUAAUUCAGCGGUCUCUUAUCCACAGUGACCGACAGUUUCAUCUUGGGAGAUGGUGCUGGCGCGGGACAAUUUUAAACAAGAGAGUGCGUACAAAGUUGUGUGUGGAUGGGUUUUAAUGUCUUGAACAGAUUCAAAGUGCACCCUUCCCAUCUCAUUUGCAGCUCAUUCUAUUGAAUGAUUUGACAGUCUUUAAGGCUAGGGGGCGCUGACGAGUUCACACUUUAUCCUUGAGUAUCUUUGCAAACUGUCUGCAGUCAGCGGGCAUGUGCUGGACCUUACCUGGACAGCCAAGAGAACUGUGGCUGAAUUUGUGCUUGGUCAAGAAGCCUGGACUAGUCCAUGGGGGAAGUGGGGAGGGUGUCUGAAAAGAGGGCAUUUCUCACUGUCUCCCCUGUUUCUUCAGUUUUUUUUUUUCAUGAAAUGGAUUUUCUUUCUUAUUAGUAUGUACUGCUGUAACUACCAAACUGACCUAAAAUGUAUUGUUCUGACAAUGCACUGUAUAAUUUGUAUGUAAUGUAUUUUAAAAAAGGAAAUACAACUACAUAUUUACUGUACUACACUAUUAAAA